CCCUCCAGGUGGCCGGUCCAGCCCGCGCCCGCCCGCGCCCGCGUCCACCGCGCCUCGCCGCCGCCGCUGCAGUCCCGCGGACACUCAGCCGCUCGCACCAUGUCUUCGCCUCCCGAGGGCAAGCAGGAGACCAAGGCCGGACACCCGCCCGCCGUGAAGGCCGGCGGGAUGCGGAUCGUGCAGAAGCACCCUCACUCCGGGGACGGCAGAGAGGACAAGGACAAGGACGAGCAGGAGUGGGAGAGUCCCAGCCCCCCUAAGCCCACCGUGUUCAUCUCUGGAGUCAUGGCCCGGGGCGACAGAGACUUCCCCCCGGAAGCUGCCCAGGUGGCCCACCAGAAGCCCCGCGCCUCCAUGGACAAGCACCCGUGCCCAAGAACCCAGCACAUCCAGCAGCCCCGCAAGUGACCGCCCCCCGGCCCCCGUGCCCCGCCACAAGGAGCGUCUCCCCCUGCCCGCCCCCGGAGGCCCCCCUCCGCCUGAAGCCCUGGCCUCAGCCCAGGACACCUGGUCGCCUUUGGAAAAGCAUCGUGUUCCCCCCAACAAGGGCCGCUGGGCAGGGGCUGAGACCCACGUCCAGGGCAGCUGACCCAGAGUCGCCGUGGAUCUGUGUGGCUCAUCACUGCGUGUCAGGCCCAGGGCAGAGAGAGCAGGGCCCGAGUGCCCGGGUGCCUGUGCCCACGGGGAUGCUUUGGUCUCAACCCCAGCAUUGCUGGGUAUGACACAACCACCCCCCAAGAAAAACAGGGGCCGAGAGAUGAUAGUACAGGGGUAGAGGCACUUGCCUGGCACCCGGCCGACCCCGGUGGAAUCCCAGCUCCACAUGUUUCCCUGCGCACCACCAGGGGUCGCUCUUGAGCACAGCUAGGAAUAGCCCCUGGGCACCACCUGGGUGAAGCCCCCUCCCUCUACCCACACACACAUACACACCAGAAAGCACAGAUUUUGGAAGAUUGGAUUAAGAUGGGGGACCAGCUCAGGCUUUGAGGGGUGGGCAGGGAGUGCUUGGCAUUGGACGAGAGAGCGUUCCCGCCCAGGGUGGCACGCAGCCCGCCCACUCUCCCACCCUCCCCUCCUCCCGCACGCUCUGUCCCAGGAGUCUCUGGCUGGACACGAGUGUAGGCAGUUGGCCCAGAGGGGUCCCAGCAUGGCCCCAGACCAGUCUCACCGGAAACCCAACCCUUCGGUCCCCCGCGCUGUCCAGCGGUCACCUGCAGAGCUGCCGUGAGCUGGGCCGGGGCAGCAGACUUCCCACUGCUUCUGGAACUGUGUUCUCCCCGGGACAGCUCCAAGCCGUGGGUCGGCCAGUGGCCCCCAGCCCCUCCGCCGGCCAUGUCCAGAGCUCUGCCCUUCCUGCGCUGGUGUCCAGCACAGAGCCGCCCGAGGCCGUGGCUGCCCAGGGCCGGGACCAGCCCCGGGAGGGGUCUCUGGGUACCUGGAUCACUGAAUGGGCACUGUUGGACGGGGCGAGGGCAGCCAGCAGGAGACGCACCUGGACCAUCGCGGGCCCUAGGAGGCGGGUCCUGUGCUGUGGAGUCUGGGGUCCCCGAUCGAUCGCCAAAACCUGGGGUCCUCUGCGGCUGGUCGGCAGCCUCCUCCAUCUCCGGGCACUCGCUCAGACUGUGCCCAGCCUGCCACUGCCAGCAGCCAAGACCCCUCCUGGCUCUCUCUGCCUCCUGCCCGCCCCCUGCUCCGGCUGCCGCUGGGCUCUGGGUGCAGAUCUCCCCUGGGACAGGCCAGUGGCAGCCGCAGCAGGAAUCAGACGGUUCUAAUAAAGCGCCUGGA